AUGCCACAAUAUCAAGUACCGGAUCAAUGCCUCACGCAUCAAAUAUUAGACAAUGAUAAAGCAAAUACUAUUAUUAAUAAGAAGAUCAUGCGUAGGGACACUGAAAGACAAAGAAGAAAGAAAAUGGCCAUUCUUAAUGCAUCACUUCGGUCACUGCUCCCUAUGGAAAUGAUUAAGGGGAAGCGCUCGGUAUCUGAUCACACAAACGAGGCCAUGAACUAUAUUACAUACCUGAAGAAUAAGAUCCAAGAAUUGAGUGUGAGGAGGAAUGAGCUUAAAAAUUUAUCUAAUUUGAGUGUUGUAGUCCAACCUUGUUGUGAUGGGGUGCAAAUUUUAGUAACAACCAAUGUCAAUGAAGGUUUGCUUCUAUCGGAAGUGCUUGAAAUCUUGCUCAGAGAAGGACUUGAUGUAGUUCACUGUUUUUCGAGUAGAGAAAAUGAAAGGUUAAUUUACUCUAUUCAAUCCAAGGGCAAUGAUUUGGGUUGCCUUGAUCUAUCUGGGCUGCAACAGAAAUUGAAUGAUCUUAUCUUAUCAUCGAGAUACAUCUGAAAGUGACAUUGUAUCCACUGGCUGAGAACCACUCCCUUGAUCUGAACCCUAAACUUGGUUAACUCAUUGAAAGUAUUUGAAUUUUCACAUCUUUGUAAGGGUUUUUCUUUUGUGAAGAAAUUCAAUGGAAUCUUUUAAAUUAAGUUGGAGAUAUCUUGUAAAAC